UCCAACACGGAGUGUGAAGUGUCAGCAUCUCUCCAGUCGCACGCCCAUCAUUCGUGGUAACCAUUCUCUUGUUGUCGUCUGCAUUUUCAUUUACCAAUAUUUUGACGCUUUUGACAUGCUUGCUCAGGUUAAAUAUUGCACCAUAGAUACGAAUUUUUAACCAACUGGGUGGACAAUAAUUUUGCAGAAGAAUUGUGCGCCGCGCGUCUUUAUUUUUCUUGAGCGCUAAUCAUCACUUGUGUUUAUUCAUCUACAACAAUUAUUUCCUGCCAUCGUGGUAGGUCGGCUGUGUAGCCGUCUCUCAAACAUAGCAAAGGAUUAAGUUACAGCUGGUGGCGGAUUAUUCUAUUGCCUUCCUCUUGUCAAGGUCUAGUCUUCGGCCUUUAGCUUUUCCAAUUGAGGUUGCCUGAAAUCGAGUAAUGUCGUUCCGAAGAGGCGUGGUCAGACAGAGCAAGUUCAGGCACGUUUUCGCACAGGCUUGGAAGGCGGAGCACUGCAUCGAUGAUGUCCGAGUGUCCCGCGUCACAUGGGACGGGCCCCUCUGCGCUGUGAACCCCAAAUUCACCGCAGUCAUCAUCGAAUCAGGCGGAGGAGGGGCCUUCCUCGUUCUGCCACUCAACAAGAGUGGCAGGAUUGACCAGGCCACUCCCACGGUCUGUGGACACGCAGCCCCGGUGCUGGACGUCCAGUGGUGUCCUCAUGACGACAACAUCAUCGCCAGUGCCUCGGAGGACUGCACCGUAAAGGUGUGGGAGAUCCCUGAUGGAGGGCUGACUGGGCCAAUGACAGAGCCCGUAGUGACACUGGAGGGCCACAGCAAACGAGUGGGGAUCCUGGCCUGGCACCCGACAGCCUUCAACAUCCUCCUAACUGCAGGCUGUGAUAACCUGGUGUGUGUGUGGGAUGUGGGCACGGGGGAGCUGGUGUACCAGAUAGGCGAUGCCCACCCCGACCUGAUCUACAGCGUGAGCUGGAACCGGGACGGCAGUGCCAUCUGCACCGUGUGCAAGGACAAGGCGCUGCGUGUCAUCGACCCACGACGGGGCACCGUCCUCAAGGUGAAAGAGAAGGUCCACGACGGCACCAGGCCCAUGAGGGCCGUGUUCCUCUCCGACGGGAAGAUCCUGACCACAGGCUUCAGCCGCAUGAGUGAAAGGCAGCUAGCCUUGUGGGAUACGAGUGAUAUGUCUGAGCCAAUGGCAGUGCAGGAGAUGGACACCAGUAACGGUGUUCUCCUUCCCUACUACGACCCUGACACUAACAUGGUCUACCUGUGUGGAAAGGGGGACUGCACCAUCCGGUACUUUGAGGUGACGGACGAAUCGCCUUACGUCCAUUUCCUCAGCCUGUACAGCAGCAAAGAGCCCCAGCGAGGAGCAGGCUUUCUCAGCAAGAGGGGUGUGGACGUCAACAAGUGUGAGAUAGCCAGGUUCUACAAAUUGCAUGAGAGGAAAGUAGAGCCCAUUUCUAUGACAGUACCACGGAAGUCAGACCUGUUCCAGGGGGACCUGUACCCGGACACGGCCGGUGUGGAGCCCUCCCUCCUGGCCGAGGACUGGAUCGCUGGGCAGGACGCGCCGCCCCUGCUUGUCUCUCUGAGCGGGGGCUACGCUGGCGCCCCCUCCAAGCACAGGGACAACCUCAGGAACAAGCCCAAGCUGCUGUCACAGGGCUCCGGGAAGGAUUCUUCCCCAGUCCCCCAGCAGGCCGCCUCGCCCACGGCAACCACCACCACCGCCGUCACCAGGGAAAUGGAGAGCGAGGGGGUGGGGGUGGUGCAGCAGAGGGUUACUCAAGGAGAAGGAGCAUCCGAUAGGGUGAAAAGAGAGGAGGAGGUGCUGAGCGAGGUGCUAGCGGAGGUGAAGGCCCUGCGUUCAGUGGUCUUGGCCCAGGGCCAGAGGAUCGAGCUGCUGGAGAGGCAGCUGGUCCGCAUUGAGGACGGGGACGUCUGAUUGGCCGAGGGGCGUCACCACUACACCCAAAGGGCAUUCUUACUAAGACUCCAUAGACCAUAGCCUUACUAGAAUCAACAGCAGUACCUUAAGCUGUUUGGGAGUGGGAUGAUGUAGUGAAGUAUAGCUCAGUGACUAACUGUGUGAAUCACAGAGGGGUCGAGAAUAAGGUGAAUUAUUAUAGUGAAGGUGUACAGAGACCAAUUUGGAUUCUGUGGGUGAAUCUAAAUGGUGUUUUCUUGUUACCACGCGUCCUCUCUCCUCGCCUUCUCAAAACGCAUUUGUAGAGAAAGUCAGAGGUUCCUCCCCUCGGACCUUCUCUUCCAAUGGGUUUUUGAGAAGGAAGCGAGGAGAGAGCAUGCGAGGAGUCACGGAAAUACAAUUGAGAUGCACCCGACAACUCUUUAGAUGCUGCUUCAGUUAGAUAGCAGGUGAUACAGGAUGAAUGGAGAUCAUCUGCAUAGGACUUCCAUACUGCAGUAAGAUAUGUCUCCGGGUUUUAUAAAGGUGCAUCGAUGGUGACACUAUUUGAAGGUGUAUCACUACAAAACUUAAGACAUGCAGAAUCAAUUGUAGCCUACUCACGAAUCCUUAUGCCAGUAUGACAUCUGGCACAAAGGUCUAUUAUGUUAAUUUGGCACAUUUACAAAAUGGCACAUCUUUAGAUUGCCAGAUCAUUUACAGUUGCUGUGUUCAUUGAAGCACUCACAUUGUGAAUCCAUUAGGGAUUGUUUCAGCAGGUAGUUACAGCUGCUAAUCAUGAUGUCAUAUCCAUUUUAUUAUUAAUACUUAUACAUUUGUACAUGUAUGGCUUUAUACAUUGGCUUUAUUCAUUACCAUCAUAGGAAUCUAUUACCCUACAAUCAGACCAUUGGUAUUAUCAAUAUAAUUGUAUAUGCUAAUAUCGCUAUACUGUUUACAAAACUGCGCUGGUUCAUUGCGAUUGGAUAAGUUGUAUUGAAUUGUGCUGUAUUGCGCCUAUAUUGACAUAUAAAGAAAAACAGGUCGGUCAAUUUCCAAAAAGCGCUUUUUCUUACAAAUUAUGUGAAGGACGUGAGUUGAAGGAGGUAGUUUAAAAACAUUCCCAUGUAUGUUAAUCUCUUUUUGGGUGAUUUUUGUAAGUAUUUUUUUUUUUUUACCUUAGAGAAGGUAACACUUAAUUUGUGCUCUCCAACUUAAAAGUUGUCUUAGGUGAACACAGCAACAUGCAGUAUCAUUUGUCACAAAGGGUUAUAAACUCCAAUGACAGCUUAUAACAGGGUUCAAGUUAAGUGUUACCUCAGAGAAUGUUUUCCAAGCAGAACAAACAUAAUAUGAUACCAUUAAAAACAUAGCAGUUCUAUGAGUGUCACGAGGCAUAGAACUUAAAACGUUACAAUGAUUUUUUUUUUUUUUUUUUUUUUAACUGUGUGAAUUAUGUAAUCUAAGUCUGUAGAACCUAAUAGACUAAUGUAGCAGCAGCUGUUGUGUUUCUAUUUGAAGAUGGGAAAGAAAGGGCAUACGAUGCUCGACUGUUGGACGGAACUGAAAAAUAAUAGUUCACUGUGUUACAUUUAGAUUUAUCAGCAGUUUAUACCUCAUCCCUUUGCAGCCUCGGGUACAGUUCACAUAUAGCCUGGUCCCAGAUCUGUUUUAGGCUGUAUUGUCGACAAUGACUACAGGAGUUGGCGAGACAGCACAAACAGUUCUGGGACCAGGUUAGUUCACAUCGGGCUCAUCACGUGAUUAUUUUAUUUACUUGAUUAAUAUUUCUGUAUGCACUGUCAUACUACACAUCAUGUUAUGUGUGUGGUUGUGAACCAAUAGGUGAUGAAAAUGACUCCACUGUGAGAAUCUUCCAAUAAACACUCCUUCCUCUUUUG